AUCAAGACGAAGCGCCUCCUCUUAAAUCGUCACGAGUGCCUUCAGCCUUCCAUUCCCAACUUUCCUAAGACCUGCUACGACAUAACUGUUGGAUACAUCUGCGAGCCACUGAUGGGAAACCACCAAUAGGGUAGGCGCCUACAACACCCACUCCGUUCUUCAUUUUGUGAGACAGUUAAAGGAUCCUGGAUGGACCUGGGUGAAAACAGCUGGUCAAUGGUCAAGCGUGAGGUCACCAGCAGCCCAGGGUCGCCGGCUGAUCAUAGCUACUUGCAGGGUGACAGGAGGGACCGCCACACCUCGGAGGAGUUGAGGUCACCGGCGCCGCCGCAAACGCAUCUUGACACUGUGGGAACCCGACGCACAGAGGGCAGGUCUUUACACUCCUACGUUCACUUUGGACAUCAUAACACCGCCCUACCCAGCUCAGAGGACAUCACGCUGUUCACGGAUUUGGACCAGGGCAACAAACUCAUCAUCUCCGGUGGUGCACACAAGAGUGGACUAAUCGUGGACCCUAGCGACAUGUACCAAACACUGGCAAUCGCCGCGGCUCAAACUCAGGCGGGUUAUGAUUCGCCUACAGCCAGCUAUAUGCACUCCAACCCGAAUUCACCCGUUUAUGUACCGACAUCCCGGGUUGGGCCUAUGAUUCCGAGUCUCCCUUACUUGCAGUCAAACGUGUCGUCUCAGCCGAGUCAUCCGGUGAACAGCCAUCCGGUAUGGUCGCAGCCAACCCCCGAGAGCCCGUCGUACAGCACAGGGAGCCCCCACACCUCCAAUCGUUUCCAUUACUCUCCAAGCCCGCCAAUGAACAAUGGGACAUCCAGGGACAGUAGCUACUCAAGUCCUCUGAAUGUGAACAGCAGAGAUCAGUAUAACCUUACCCGACCGAUCGGUGGUUCCUAUGCCAGCCCCUACGGAGGGUAUGUGGCACCGCAGCUAUCACAGUUGUCCACUCCAUGGCCAGGAGGACCAUUCGAGAACUCCAUGCUACAUUCCUUGCAAACAAGAGGCGCAUCCUUAUCUAUCCGAGGACCUAAUGGAGAUAUACUGGAUGACAUGGGUGAGAGCCGGGAGUGUGUCAACUGCGGCUCCAUAUCCACCCCGCUGUGGAGACGCGACGGCACGGGUCACUUUCUCUGCAACGCAUGUGGUCUGUACAGCAAAAUGAAUGGACUCAGCCGGCCAUUAAUUAAACCCCAGAAGCGCAUGUCAUCAUCAAGGCGGAUCGGGCUCUCCUGUGCCAACUGCCAGACCAGCACCACCACUUUGUGGCGCAGGAACGCCGAGGGGGAACCAGUGUGUAACGCUUGCGGACUUUACACGAAAUUACACGGGGUACCACGACCGCUCGCUAUGAAGAAAGAGGGAAUUCAGACGAGAAAGCGAAAACCAAAAACCUUGAACAAAUCAAAAGGAUCCUCCGGAAGUAAUUCUGUUCCCAUGACUCCGACCUCGUCCUCAUCUUCCAACUCUGAGGAGUGCACGAAGAACAGUCCACCGACAACGCAGGUGUCAGUGUCUUCGGCGAACCACUCUGCCAUGGCUGGCCAAGGAGAGGUUGUCAGCUCCACCAACUCCGCAGUGAAGUACCCCGUACAGGAGAGCCUCUACACCAGUGUGGGACUUACAUCCUCCGCCGACGUGACGGGUUCCGUCAGAGGAGAGACCUGGUGCCCGAUGGCCUUGGCUUGAUUGUUUGGCGGGCCGGAUUGGGGUCUCCAUUUUGGCCCUUUCUCUCCUUGGGACGUAACACUGGUGUUCCUUUCAUGCACGGGAAUUACUUCACUUCUGGUCUUCUGAUUGCCAUAACUCUCUCCAGUUUUUCGAGAGGGUUUCAUGGAUGCUGCUGACAUGCCAACAGCCAUUUUUUUUUUUUUUACAUUCUCUCCAUGUGUUGACUGCAUUCUUUCGUGGGAAUAUUCGGAUCGGAUAUUUCUCUGAAACUCUCAGUGCCAGUGCAAAGGAACACGCUCACUACGAGGCAACGCGAUGAUGUUCUGCUUUUUGCAUUUGGUACUUUCUGAAGACAGUGCACUAGGGGUACCACCCUGGGGAGUUAGUGGAAGAAAUGUUAAUUUUAAAGAAAGGUUAAAUAUAUAUAAAUAUAUAAGAGUAUGGAUGUGGAUUUCCCCAUGCUGAAGAUAAAGUUGUUGAUUGGACCGGAGAGCAUUUUUAGUCAAUGCUCAGCCCACUAAUAAACACACAAAAAACAGAAAUGCUUGAUUUUGUUGCAACUGGAAUUGAAGAUGAAGACAUCCAAGACAUCCUCUUUGAAUGAAUGAAAUAUUUAUAAAUCUCUGUUGAAACAUGCCUAUAUUUGUCAAUAAAGGGAAUGACAAAUAGAAUAGGAUGAAAUGCUUAUUAUUACAAAUAUCUUUAUUUUGAAGCUUGGUCUACCCUUUUGGACCUAGUUUUCAUGGUGUAUAUUUGUCUUUGAUUACAUAUCUGCACGUGUUGCCUGAUGAAGCUCUUAUGGAAUCGGACUGAAAUUUUCUUGGUUUAAACAGGGUAACAAAGAUCAAGACAGCCACUCUCUACGUUGUCAGCUUUUAGUUUGAUUAUUUACUCUUCUUAAGCAAUGUUAAGUCAGAUCCCGCCGAUUUAACAGUUGAUUAGCAAAAAAAAAAAAAAAGAACAUUUAAAGUCAAAUGGUACUAUUUUGUAGACUUUGUUUUAAUAGAUCGUAGCAUGUUUUAAAAGACAACAAUCACAAAAGGGUGAAAAAGAGGAGAGAUAGCAUCCACGUAAACAAUAACUCAGAACAAACCGCACUCAGGACAAUCUGAUAACUGACAUCUUUUUUGUUACUACACAGAAGUUUAAAAGCUUUUCACUGCAAAACUUCUGGAUUUAACAGAGACAGAACUACCUAACACAAAACGCUAACAUGUCAAAAUGUAAGGCAUAUUUUGGUCAUAUUUCCUUGUGAGGGACACCUCUGUAGAGGAGACACAUGUUGGACUGGUGGGAAACAAUGGCAUCCGUGGUGGCUGUGCAAAAAGGGCUUAACCCACUCAUCUUAGACUGGAUGAAGACACACACACACACACACACAACGUGAUCGGUUUGAGACCAAUGUUAUGGAUUAAUGGAUUUUUAUUGAUGCUCAUAGCCUCAAAUCAGUUUCAGUCUGACCAUGCAAUAAAUCAGAACACAUGCGAGCAUAUUGCGAUUUAAACAACAAAACAGGAUCAGUCAAAAGUCUCCAGUGCUCACGACGUCCAUGAUGUAUGGGCUGUCCAAUCAUUAAUCUCCCCACGUAUUUCAUUUGGCCCCCGAAGAGAAGUCCACAGAGUGUAAUGUGAGCAUGCUCCGUGGACCACUGUUGGGCCAGACAAAUUCCAAUCCAGUCAGAGGAGUAAACAGUCCAGGGGAAUCAGUUUGAGUUUGUAGGUCACCUAGAACAUUGUGUAACCAGCACAAGCAGCUUCCAUGGUCAUGCCUCUCCUUCCUUUAAAGUAGGGCCCUCUGGUUUUCUGGAUUUAUUUAUUUUUUUGGUGUUAAGUAGAAUUAUUUUGAUGUGUUUCAUUUGGUUUGAUAUAUUUGUAUGUCAAGGAUGUUUCUUUGAACGUAAUUUUCAUUCUUUCGUAUUUAAAUCUAUUGUCAUGAAUGUUCAACUUGAGACAUUAAUUUGAGAUUAAAAUGGUUUCUCUUGUCUUAAAA